CCUAAAAACUCAAAAAAUAAUGGACUACUUUAAUAAUUGAGUCUUGAGUCAACCAAAACACGGCUUUGACGGUACCCAGUCAACGGCGUCUCCGUUUAACGGAUCAAUUUUUUUAUAUGCCGUACGAUCGAACCGAAAGUUUCACCUGGAUUUGUGCCGGGAGGUGGUGGUGUCUUCAUGGGGUUCUUGUCCAGCCUUUUCACCUGCUUCAGUCACGAGCCUGAAGACGAGGAAGAAUGAAAUAUCUCCUUCGAGCUUCGCACUCUUCAGGUUUCCACCAACUUCUUCUCUAAGAGUAACCUUCUCGGCGAUGAUGGCUAUGGUCCCCUCUAUAAGUAGGGACUGAUGUCGAAUGGUCAAUAAGUGGCUGUUAAGAAGCUUUCAGCAUCACAUGUGCCAAUGAAGUUCCGAAAUGAGGUGAAGCUACUAACCGAAAUCCACCAUGAGAACUUGGUUACCUUGCUGGGAUAUUGUGAAGAAGGCCCUGAGAGGAUGCUUGUUUAUGAGUAUCUCCCAAAUGGAAACCUUGAUAACUUUCUCUUUGAUAAAGACAAAUCUUUGUGCUUGGAUUGGACAACCAGAUUUCAGAUAGUCACAGAAGUGGCACGAGGUAUACUCUACCUGCACGAAGAAGUGCCUGAAAGGAUCAUUCACAGGGACAUCAAAGCUAGUAACAUAUUGCUUGAUGAGCAGUUGAAUCCUAAAAUUUCAGGUUUUGGCUGGGCAAGACUCUUUCCUGGGGAAGACACCCAUGUGAAUACAUUUAGGAUUUUUGGUACUCAUGAUUAUAUGGCACCCGAAUAUGCACUUCAUGGAUAUUUAUCUGUAAAGACCGAUGUUUUCAGUUAUGGUGUCUUGUUGUUAGAAAUUGUAAGUGGGAGAAGGAACCAUGACGGCCGACUUGGCAAGGAAAUGCCAGACCUCAUGAACUAUGCUUGGACACUUUAUAAAGACGGGAAGAUGCUGGAGUUAAUGGAUUCAAGUCUUGCCAAGUACAACCGGGAUGAGGCAGCCAUGUGUAUUCAGCUAGGGUUGUUAUGUUGUCAGCAAAGUAUAACAGAUAGGCCUGACAUGAACUCUGUUUGUCUCAUGCUUUCAAGAGACACAUUUACACUGCCAAAACCCGGAAAGCCUGGAAUUCAAGGCCGUUUAGGUCGAUGGACGACUACUUCUGCUUCUGCUUUCACUAACACUAAUGCUACCAGUACCAACACUGGUAUUACCAACGCAUCAGGAGGCAGUAGUUAUGCAGAGGAUUAUUCUAGGAAUUCCAUUACGGUUUCUUCUUUUGAUGAAGGUAGAUGACUGCCUUUUGUAAUUUUUUGAGAGAGAUUGUUAUUGGUAAUGUUCUAUGUAAAGAUUUAUUCAUGUGUUUAUAAGAUAAUUAAUUUCAUUUA